AUGUCAAGUAAAAGAGCGAGAACGGCUAUUAGUAGCAGUCUAAAAUGGGAAAUUUGCGAAUAUAACGAUAAAUUUUCAAAUGAAACUUAUUCUAAUAUUGCUCAAUACUUUAAUCAAAAAGAUUCAGCUUUAAAUCUUGAACGUUCGACCAUUUCAAAAAUAUUAAAAAAAAAAGAACAAUGGUUGGCAAUUACUGAUACCAGCGUAACUGUUUUUCGUCAUAAAAAAGUUAAAUUUCCUUUGUUAGAUAAAGCUAUGCAACUAUGGGUUGAGCAAGUU